ACACUUCCCGACAGGCCGCGUGAGGCGCUGCCAGCGGCCGGCCGAGGGCGGGCGGACGCGGGAGUUGCGGACGUGAGGCAUGAGCGGCGCCCUCCCCCGGCCCGCGAGCGUCCUGCUGGUUCCCCGAGCGAGGGUCGCGCGGCGCGGGGCCUAGCGGAGGGCAUCGGAGGCCUCCGCGUGCGCACGGGUUGCUGCGGCCGCGCCAGGCGCCGGGGAGGGCGGCGGCCGCCAUGGAGGUGAGCGGGCCGGAAGACGACCCCUUCCUUUCGCAGCUGCACCAGGUGCAGUGCCCCGUGUGCCAGCAGAUGAUGCCCGCCGCGCACAUCAACUCGCACCUAGACCGCUGUCUGCUGCUCCACCCGGCGGGGCACGCGGAGCCCGCGGCCGGGUCGCACCGUGCCGGGGAGCGGGCCAAGGGGCCCUCGCCGCCCGGCGCCAAGAGGCGGCGGCUGUCGGAGAGCUCGGCGCUGAAGCAGCCAGCCACCCCGACGGCAGCCGAGAGCAGCGAGGGCGAGGGCGAGGAGGGCGACGACGGCGGCGAGACCGAGAGCCGCGAGAGCUACGACGCGCCGCCCACACCCAGCGGCGCCCGCCUUAUCCCCGACUUCCCGGUGGCCCGCUCCAGCAGCCCCGGGAGGAAGGGGUCGGGGAAGAGGCCGGCGGCCGCCGCCGCGGCGGGGAGCGCGUCUCCGCGCAGCUGGGACGAGGCGGAGGCGCAGGAGGAGGAGGAGGCCGUGGGCGACGGCGAUGGCGACGGGGACGCGGACGCGGACGGCGAGGACGACCCGGGGCACUGGGACGCGGACGCUGCCGAAGCCGCCACCGCCUUCGGGGCCAGCGGCGGGGGCCGCCCGCACCCCCGGGCGCUGGCUGCCGAGGAGAUCCGACAGAUGCUACAGGGCAAGCCGCUGGCCGACACGAUGCGUCCUGACACGCUGCAGGAUUACUUCGGGCAGAGCAAGGCCGUGGGCCAGGAUACUCUGCUGCGCUCGCUCCUGGAGACCAACGAAAUCCCCUCGCUUAUCCUGUGGGGGCCGCCGGGCUGUGGCAAGACCACUCUGGCUCACAUCAUAGCCAGCAACAGCAAGAAACAUAGCAUAAGGUUUGUGACAUUAUCUGCAACAAAUGCCAAGACAAAUGAUGUGCGAGAUGUCAUAAAACAAGCUCAAAAUGAAAAGAGCUUUUUCAAAAGGAAAACCAUCCUUUUUAUUGAUGAGAUUCAUCGGUUCAAUAAAUCUCAGCAGGACACUUUCCUUCCUCACGUGGAAUGUGGGACGAUCACUCUGAUUGGGGCAACCACUGAAAACCCUUCCUUCCAGGUCAACGCUGCUCUUCUGAGCCGCUGUCGAGUGAUUGUUCUUGAGAAGCUUCCAGUAGAGGCAAUGGUGACUAUUUUAAUGCGAGCGAUCAACUCCCUGGGAAUCCACGUCCUAGACUCUAGCCGUCCCACUGACCCUCUGAGCCACAGCAGCAACAGCAGCUCAGAGCCCGCCAUGUUCAUAGAGGAUAAAGCAGUAGACACCCUGGCUUACCUCAGUGAUGGCGACGCCCGAGCUGGGUUGAACGGACUGCAGCUGGCGGUGCUGGCUAGGUUAAGCUCUAGGAAGAUGUUCUGUAAGAAGAGUGGGCAAUCCUAUUCUCCCAGUAGAGUUCUGAUCACAGAGAAUGACGUGAAGGAGGGCCUACAGCGAUCCCACAUUUUAUAUGACCGGGCAGGUGAGGAGCAUUACAACUGCAUCUCCGCCCUGCACAAGUCCAUGCGGGGCUCAGACCAGAACGCCUCCCUCUACUGGCUGGCUCGCAUGCUCGAGGGAGGAGAGGACCCACUCUACGUGGCACGGAGGCUUGUCAGGUUCGCCAGCGAGGACAUAGGUCUGGCAGACCCGUCUGCAUUAACACAAGCAGUUGCUGCCUACCAAGGCUGUCAUUUUAUAGGCAUGCCCGAAUGUGAGGUGCUUCUGGCCCAGUGUGUGGUCUACUUUGCCAGAGCCCCAAAGUCCAUUGAGGUGUACAGCGCCUACAACAACGUCAAAGCCUGCCUGAGGAAUCACCAGGGGCCACUGCCCCCCGUGCCCCUGCACCUGAGGAACGCGCCCACCAGGCUGAUGAAGGAUUUGGGCUAUGGCAAAGGCUACAAGUACAACCCCAUGUACAGUGAGCCUGUGGAUCAGGAGUACCUGCCUGAAGAAUUGAGGGGAGUAGAUUUCUUCAAGCAGAGGAGGUGCUGACUUCUCAGGGCAUGACAGCAGAAGGAUGUUGCUUUUUUAAGGGAGGGCCAGAAAGAAAGUUACUGGAUUGCGAAGUUGGUUGCCUGGUGGAAGUUAGAACAGACAAAUAUUUUGUGCCAGAAAUUUAAGAGUUUCAUAGGUGGAGGCGCAGUUCUUUCAACUAAAUGUGUAACUUUGAAAUUGUGUUCAUUUGCACUUGGUGCAGCGGUUAUGCUUAUGAAAAUACCUGGCAGCUUUGUGCAAUGAAUUAAUGUUAUAAGGAAUUAUCUAUUUUGUCAUAGUAUUUAAGUCAUAAUGUCAUUUCAGAAUUCAGUUCUGUAGGAUUUUUUUUUCUUUAAAAAAUGUAUAUUCUGGGUAGUUUUAAUUGGUAAAAAAAUGUAAUUGUGAUUUAAUACUGCAUAGUGUUUUGGGUAUUUUUUUUAUAUGCAAAGGUCUUAUGAGCCAAUAAAACUAUUUCAAAGUA